CGUGCAGUGAGUAGUCGGUACCUUUAUGAAGACUUACCGGCGCCGGCUUCCUUAAGGGAUAUGCGAUGUGUGACGCACGAGGGGCGUGUACGGGACCGCGACGACCCGGCAAUGUUUGAGGAGAUUAGGAAGUAUUUGCAGGAAGGGGAACUUCCUGAGAGGUGCGCAAACGAUUCUCGAGUACGCGGCACAUUCGUGCGACUGGCGCGGUCAUUCAUAUUGAAUGAUCGCCGUCUCUGGCGGGUCUCCAAAGGAGAACUGCCAAAACUCGUGGUACUGGACGUGGAAAGGCGGCGGGAAAUUAUAGCCGAGGCCCACAAUGACUGUGGUCAUCGCGGUCGUGACCCUACCUUC